UAGUAAAUGGCUUGCAAGAGCGACUCACUAUAAAAGAGGGUGAUGCAACGCUUCAUCGACAACUGUAGCUUUCUUAACAGGCAGAAGAGCCUCACAACCAGGAGCAGAAUAAAGACCUUUCAUUUCUUCACUGAAAACAUAAUCAGUCUUUCAAAAUGAUGCUUCAGCAUCCGGGAUUCAGCCUGUCCGACAUCAGCGCGUCAGCCUUGGUACCCUGCCUGUCCCCGCCUGGAACACUCACGCUCGAGGACUUCACCAACUUCACUCCCCUGGUAAAGGAGGAGUUGCGACAUGCUAUCCAGAACAAGCGGCUGUCCAACGGACUGAGCACCGAUAUGAGCGACUGUGCGAGCUCAAGUUCAGACAGAACGUCUGAAGCUCCAAGUGUCAAGAGGGAGAAAAUCCCAGAGGAAAGUGACAGGAGGAAAAGAAGACGAGAAAGAAACAAAGUAGCUGCUGCCAAAUGUAGGAAUAAGAAGAAGGAGAAGACUGACUGCCUUCAAAAGGAGUCUGAGAUACUAGAGUCAGUGAACUCAGAGCUGAAGGCACAGGUUGAAGAACUGAAAAACCAGAAGCAGCAGCUGGUCUACAUGCUGAACCUCCACCGGCCCACAUGCAUCGUACGGGCCCAGAAUGGCCAGACCCCUGAAGAUGAGAGGAACCUGUUCAUCCAGCAGAUCAAGGAGGGUACCCUGCAGAUGGAACAGCUGGACCACCACCACACCUCAGUGCCAACCACCUGUGGCCAUCACUGAUCCACACACUCCUGGGGGAAGUAGGGUACUACUCACUCACUCAGACAGAUGCUCACUGUCCUCUGGCAACUGUACUGUACCUGCGUCAAGUGAAGGCUCUGUCGGGCUGGCAAAGGCGCUAUGCGCGUCCCACUCUUAAACUGGACUUGACAGCACAAGGACGGACAUCCCGUGUGCUACCUAGGGUAGGCUUGUGGUGUUCCGGCAAGUCGGCGAAUGUCAAAGCACUAAAACAUAGAAAUGCAUCCAAUGUGUUUAUUGUUUCCUUAAAUCUUUUACAUUGUUAUUCGAGGCUGAUGACUCAUUCUGUUUUUUUGUACCAAGUAUUACGUCAAUGUGGUAAAGGCACAUGAUUCACUGGUCAGUUGAGAUAGAUGCUUGUUGAGGAAAAAUAUGAUUAAAGUGGAGAGAUAGUAA